CUAUGAGCAUAUCUUGACGGCUGUGCCGCGUCUCUCCCCUCCUCCGCAUUUCUUGCUCGCUUUCUUGCUCUCCAGUCCCACCAGACGCUCAUUUACCUAUCUGCUGUGGCCCAUCGACACCCCUCUUGCCACCUGAAACCGGACUUGGAAUUGCUAGCCAAAGCUUCCAAAGCCCCUCGACCACACGGUCAAACGAGUACGCAAGCGAGCGUGACCUAAAUCGCUAGAGGCACCGGCGCUCCUCUACAAAGGUUCGCCUCAACCGUUGAUUGAGGGACCUUCAUCAUUCUUAUCCCGCGUACUAUCUGCCAUCAUGCUUGUCAACAAGAAGCUCGACCGCUUUAAGCAAUGGGCGGGUGAGCGCAUGGGCGGGGAGGCCAAGACGACCACGUCCGACAACUUCAAGGCUCUUGAGCAGGAGAUGAACGUGAGAUCUGACGGCACGAACAAGCUCCAUUCAUCCAUGAACACCUAUAUCAAAUGGCUAUCAAAGCGCACCGAUGGCGAAGACAAAGAGAAGUUCACGCCCAUAGGAUACCUGGGCUCUACCAUGAUCAGUCAUGGUGACGAUUUUGACCCGGAGUCAAUCUAUGGUGGCUGCUUAACAUCGAUGGGUAGGGCUCAAGAAAGGAUCGCACGCACCCAGGAAACUUAUCUUGUCGACGCAUCGGGCAGUUGGCUUGAGGGAGUUGAGCGCAACGUCGCGCAGAUGAAGGAAUACAAUGCGGCCCGCAAGAAGUUGGAACAACGUCGGCUUGCCUACGAUGCCUCGCUCGCCAAGAUGCAGAAAGCAAAGAAGGAAGACUUUAGGGUGGAAGAAGAGCUUCGCUCACAAAAGAUCAAGUACGAAGAGGCCAAUGAUGAUGUCUUUCGCCGGAUGGAGGAUGUCAAGGAAGCUGAGAGAGACAACGUGGAGGACCUGACGACCUUCCUUGAGGCUGAGCUCGCCUACCACGACAAGUGCAGGGAGAUCCUCUUGCAACUGAAGCGGGAAUGGCCUGCUAAUAUUGGAUCUCCAGGAGACAGUCGCCGUCCCCCCAGCUCCAGACAACGCUCGAACACCGCGCACUCAUACUCUGAACGUUUCAAUCCCGUCGAAGAAGAACCCGAGCCAGAGCCAAAGCUCACCAUUCCGAAGCUCCCUACCAGGGGCGCAUCUCCCAGCAGGAGCUACACUGGUGCAGACUCCCCCAAGCGCCCCAGCAUCAAUCGUGCGGCGACUAGCAUGGCUGAGAGUCCGAGAGGUCGUGUUGACGAGUCACCCGUUGGCGCGCCACGAUUGUCUCGUGUCCCGACCGAUUCAUCGGCCGUUUACGCCGCUCGUAAUACCUUGCGACCGGUGAGGAGUCGUAGCGACAUGUAUGGGUACGGAGACGGUGACGAAGCCGAGGAUGACGGUGCAUACGGCAGAGGCCGGUCCGUGUCUCCGGCACCAUCGUACGGCAGCCUGGCUUCUAGAAAGGCCAGUUGGUCUGCUGCUGCGACUGAUGCAUCUCCUGGUGGCGCUAGAAAGGCACCACCACCGCCUCCUCCGUCACGUGCCAAGAAGCCUCCACCGCCGCCGCCGCCGAUGAAGAGGCCGAUCUAAGUUUCUUUUUCUUUUGCUUCAACGGGGGUUUAGGGACUAGUGCAUGGAUGCGUGUGCGCAUGGAUAGAAAGGGUUUCUGGAAGGGCGCCGGCUUGGAUAGGAUCAACGGUGGGGCUGGGGGUUUUUAGGUUUUUGAGAGGCGGGGAGUUGCGGGAUGUGGGUGGGAGUCUGGAGCAGCUGUUGCGUUGUGUCACGCACGCGCCUUAGGACUGCAGGCCGGUCUCCCCAAUCCCCAUUGAUGAGGUCACAUGAGGGUCACUUGACCUGGAGCGAAGGCGGUACCUGUAAGAUUAGGAAUGCAAAGUCAAAGUCAACGCGUGUGUCCCGGGCGUCAGGAGGGGAGGAUGAGAGGGG